AGGACAGACCCCAAGAUGGCGGCGGCGGAGGAGCGGCUCCUGUCGGAGGGGGAAGGCGGCGCCGUGGGCUCGGCGCGGCUCUCCCCGCCCCCGGUCCCGCAGCCCCAAGGGGCCCCGGCGCCCUUGGAGCAGCCGCCUCAGAGCAACACGCUCGUGGGGCUGCCCAUCGUGGCCAUCGAGAGCAUCCUCGGCUUCCUGUCCUACGACGAGACGAGCCAGCUCCGCCUGGUUUGUAAGCGAAUGGACUUGGUUUGCCAGCGAAUGUUAAAUCAAGGAUUCCUGAAAGUGGAAAGAUACCACAACUUGUGUCAAAAACAAGUUAAAGCACAGCUUCCAAGACGGGAGUCAGAAAGAAGAAAUCAUUCAUUAGCUCGUCAUGCAGACAUCCUUGCUGCAGUAGAAACAAGACUCUCUCUGUUAAAUAUGACUUUCAUGAAGUAUGUGGAUUCUAAUCUCUGCUGCUUCAUACCUGGAAAGGUAAUCGAUGAAAUUUAUCGUGUACUAAGGUAUGUAAAUUCCACAAGAGCUCCUCAGAGAGCCCAUGAAGUUCUUCAAGAACUAAGGGACAUUUCUUCCAUGGCUAUGGAAUAUUUUGAUGAGAAGAUUGUUCCAAUACUGAAAAGAAAGCUGCCUGGGUCAGAUGUAUCAGGACGUCUCAUAGGAGCUGCCCCAGUUCCAGGGCCUUCUGCAGCACUGACAACAAUGCAGCUAUUCUCCAAACAAAACCCUUCGAGACAGGAAGUCACCAAACUCCAGCAGCAAGUGAAGACAAACGGUGCGGGUGUGACAAUGCUAAGGCGGGAAAUCUCAGAGCUUCGCACCAAAGUGCAAGAACAACAGAAACAACUCCAAGACCAAGAUCAGAAACUGCUAGAGCAAACCCAAAUCAUAGGUGAACAGAAUGCCCGAUUGGCUGAGCUUGAACGCAAACUGCGAGAGGUGAUGGAGAGUGCAGUAGGAAAUUCCUCAGGUUCUGGCUCAAAUGAAGAAUCUCCUAGAAAACGGAGGAAGGCAGCUGAAUCCAUAGACUGUCCUAGGAAAUCGAAACGCCUUCGAAACAGAAAAUAAUGUGGGAGUAAAAUCACACCUUCAGGAGGAUACACUGCUUUAGUAGCCCAAGCAGAUCCCUGCUUGUUUGGAUACUGUGACUAGUUUCAUGGUGUCACUUAGGCUACUGGCUCUUCAAAAUGCCACUUAGACUUGAACAGUAAUUUUCUUUCAUUGAGACUUUUCCCCUGCUUUCUGUCUGGGUGGGCCUAAUUCACAGGAUCUUUAAGAUUUGCAAUAGAUACAUACUAACCUGACCUGCUCUAUCAUGUUUUGAAGGGUUAAUCUUUUUUUCUGUGCAGAUGUGUUUAAAGUAAACUUAUUUGUGUUUAUGCAUAUAUUCACAUAAAAUCUUAAAUAAAUCCAGUCUUAACUGACUAGAAAGUUAAGCUUACAAACGGAUGUCCUGUUCACUUGAAGAAAAGACCCACUUUUUAAAUCUUGUUUUAGAGAACUUGACCUUUUUUGUUACAAGUGACCUUGUCUGGAAUGUCUGAAAAGCAGUUAAUACUUUUCUGGGAUCUAUGUAGUGAGUAAAACUGACUUCUUAAGCUAUGGUAUUGGCUAUAUAUUUUUGUAAACUUACAAGGAAGGGCCUUCUGUCCAGUCUUUACAUGCACACGCCCUAGUUCUAGGUCUUGGGAGCCAUAUUCUACGUUUGCAUGGAUAGGUGCAUGUACUGCUUAGCCUGCGAAAAGCACUUGCCUGAAGUUGUUCUUAACUCUGGAAGAGAGUAGAGACCUAUAAAGCAAAUCUUUAUUCUUCAGCCAUAACUUAGCAUCUGCUUUCAGCACAACUGCUUUCUUACAAUGAGGUGGUCUUACGAGGCUAGUGCAGGAGAGUUUGAAGCCAGGCUAUCUGCCACUUUCGCAGCCUGUAAAUUGCAGGUUCUGUUAGCCAAAGCUUGAGAAUUGAGAAGCUGCCUAUGCACCACUUUGAUUCAUAGGCCAACAUCAAUUAAAAUUAGACAAACUGUCCCUACAAUAACCAAGCUCAUCGGGACACCAUUUGAAUUAAAUGCUGUUUUAUGGAAAAACUUAAACUAUUUUGUGUGUAUGUGUUGGGGGGGAUGUGUGGAGAUUUCUCUGUAAUACUGAUGACAAUAUUCUAGCUUUCCUUAUCCUAAAAGGUAAAUCACAUCAGACGAAGCUUUAAUUUCUUUUGCACUUCUGUUUUGAGCUUGUAACUGGAAAAGCAUGUCUUGCACUGUUCAGUCUUUCUGGUCACUUUAACAACCUCAGAGUUGUGUACAGUGAUUUUUUUCCCCCGUCUGUAUAUUUUUGGAACCUUAUACAAAUACCAUUGUCCUUGUUUUAAUGUACUAAACUAUGUAGCUUUA